AUGGAUUUAUCUUCAAGUAAUCUCACUGGACUACUUCAAAAACUGUGUUCGGCAUUGUCACUAGAUCCAGAUGGUGCAUAUGAGCUGGCUGUAUCAUAUCUCUCUUCUAUGGGUGAGAAAACUCGAAGCAUUCAAGAUGAAAGACUUUUAUGUCAGAAAAUUCAGUCGAAACUGGCCUCUGUAUCUGCACAAGAUGUUGAAAAGUUCAAUGAAUGUUACUCUAAAUUAAAAACCUCUUUUAUUUUGAAGCAGAGAGUGUCAGUGCUGGGUUUACUGCUGGCUCUGUCAGAGAUGCCUCAGCAUUCCGAGUCUACACAACAACUUUUUCCAAUACCUGCUCUCAAUAUUACUAGAUCAAGCAUUGGUAUUGGCGGCCAAGACUCAAGUUCUAGUAAGAGUACUAUUGGGUCAAUAAGCUGGGGCAGCCACUUGGUGAAACAGCGGGGCUCUAAUCAGAGCCUACCAUCUAACAAUAGUAAUAUGGUUGUAGCACUUCAACGGACUGAUCGAGCUAAUGAACGAACAUGUGUGCGCGAGGCGGUUCUGGCGGCAACGGGAGUGCGAACGCGUGCUUCUGUGACCUGCCCACGCCCGCACAGUAUAUUACGCGCACGCAUUGCUCAUCUUGGAUUCUUGCAUGACCGACUCAAAGAAUUCAUUGAUCCCUCUUCGGGACUCAUGCCACAAGGUUUAAUGGGCGAAGGACUUGUGGCGUCCAUUAGAGAUGAACUUACAGAGUAUUAUCGAAGUGUUGCUCUUCUACAAUCCCAGGCGUGUGACAGCGAUGGCGGUGGUGGCGGCACUCUGCGGCGAGUGUGCGUGUGGGCGCAGGAACCCCUACACCGCCUUACUUGGCUUGCCAACAUCGCGCACGCCGCUCAUCAUAAGAAAGGUGGAGAGCUCGCAUCUUGCGUUCACAAAUUCGUCCGUCAUGGCGAUGAGCGAGUAGCAACAUUAGCGAGGAGGUUACUCACCGCGCUCACGUACCCACUACUACUUAUGCUAACGCGGUGGCUGUUACACGGAGAAAUUGAUGACCGAUUUAAUGAGUUCUUCAUAGAAAGUCGGAGUGGUGUUCCUAUCGACAGAAUGUGGCACGACAAAUAUAGAGUGCGGGAGUGGAUGGUGCCGUCAUUCAUGUCUCGCGAGCAAGCGGCGCAAAUCUUGGCCACCGGCAAGAGUGUAGUGUUCAUGCGUGAGGCGUGUCAGGACGAGCCCGGCCAGUACGACGCGCCGCCCAGCGACCACGCCCACUAUCUGCAAGCGCUUCUCAAGCCGCAGUCUGAUGAAUACACGGAAGGUUUAGCAUGGUGGGAGGCUUCAGGACUGCGUGAAGGUGUAGCGGGGGCACACGCAGCCGCAUCGGCACGUCUGUUGGCUGCGCUCACCGAGCACCACCACCUAUUGGACCAUCUAGCCGCACACAGGAGAUACUUGUUACUUUCGCAAGGAGACUUUGUGCACCAUCUCAUGACGUUACUGCGGGAUGAGCUAAACAAAUCGGCGUCAUCGCUAUACGUACACAACCUAUCGUGCACGCUGGAGGCGGCCGUGCGUGCCACGAACGCUCAGUUCGAACCGCCGCACGUCCUGGCACGACUACACGUCAAUCUGUACCCUAACUGUGAUGGUCGCGAAGACUGUGGUUGGGAUGUGUUCGCACUUCAAUACCGGGUAGAUGGCCCCCUCGGCACGCUGUUCCCGGCAACGUGCGCGGCGCGGUACCGAGCGCUCUUCACACAGCUCUGGCGUGUUAAACGUAUCGAGUACGGGUUGCACGAUGCUUGGCGCGAACACACCAUUUUGCAAAAAAAAUUAAAGUAUAUGCCAGAGGUAUGGGGCCUAAUGCGUCGUGUUUCAUGUCUGCGAUUGGAGGCUCUUCGAUUGUGCGGUGCUUUACAAGAAGCGGGUGGAGUUGGCGCCGAGCCCGCGUGGAGGCAGCUGCUCGCCGCGGCGGCCGCACGCGCCGACCUCGACACGCUACUAAGGCUGCACCACAACGCGCUCGACCGACAUUCCAUACACGCCAUGAUACACCACACCACGCAGGAGCUCCAAUCAUACCUGGGGAACGUGUUAAAUGAGACUUUGGCGUUGCGUAGCUUCGAAUCUAUGCUACACGCCGGCAUCAAUGCUGAGCUCGAACGAAGAGAUAACAUUGAACGGUUGAAAGCUGAGAGAGUAGCGCGGGGAGAGUACGCAUUCACGGCUGCUGAUGAAUCUGUAGAUAAAGAAAAACGCAAAAUUUUCCAUCAGUUCCUAGCGAGUCGGAAAGCUGACUUGAAUGUUUGGGCACGCACAUACAGGGGACACGUCACAACGUUAAUACUCAAGCUAGCUCUCCAUGCGGAAGUUUCGCUGCAAACUUUAGCUUUCCGACUCGAUUACAGCGACUUUUACAAGCGAGGCGACGCUAAGCUACACGAGCCGCUCACCUACCAGCACAAAAGACUCAGCGAGAUAGGGGUCCACCUCGGCCAGAGUAAAGAUCGCUUGAAGAGGAAAUGA